AUGCCUAUCGACUUAGACGUGCUUGCUUCAUCUCAAGCAUCUGAUCGAGAGCUGACUCAACUUCUGGGAGGUGAAUCUUCACUCCGCCUUGAAAAGUUGAGAAUUCCUAACUCUCAAAUGCAACUUUAUUGUGACGUCAGCACGUCUACACCUAGGCCUUUUUUUACCAAGCCGUUGAGGAGACAACUCUUUGACAGUCUUAACAGCUUUAGCCACCCAGGCGCCAUUGCUAGUACUAAAUUAGUAGCAGAGCGAUUUGUCUGGCCUGGCGUUCGUAUAGACUAUCGUGAGUGGUCUCGACCAUGCUUGGCUUGUCAGCGCGCUAAGAUUCAUCGGCACAUUUUGCCACCAUUAGGCACGUUUGAUCUACCCCGCGCCCGAUUUACUUUUGUUCACGUGGACAUUAUUGGCCCCCUCCCUAUUUCUCAGGGUUACCGCUAUUGCUUGACUGCGGUGGAUCGUUUCACAUGA